AUGUCAAGCGAUUAUUUCCCCUUCCACAUUCCUGGCGUCUGUGUUUGCAAGUGUGUGACUGACAAGCUGAUCUACGUCGUUCGUCACGUCAUUCAAAAUUGUUCAAGGGAAACAAAACCUUAUACAAGCUUAUUCUCUCUCUCUCUCUCUCUCUCUCUAUCUAUCUAUCUAUCUAUCUAUCUAUCUAUCUAUCGGAGAGGUAAUAAAUAUAAAGAAUCAAGGCAAACAACCAGAUACCACUUCAUAGAAAAGUUUGACGCAACGCAAUUUUCUAUCUAUCUAUCUAUCUAUCUAUCUAUCUAUCUAUCUAUCUAUCUAUCUAUGUCACUGUAUUCAUAUCUAUCUAUCUAUCUAUCUAUCUAUCUAUCUAUCUAUCUAUCUAUCUAUCUAUCUAUCUAUCUCAGUGUGUUCAUAUCUAUCUAUCUAUCUAUCUAUCUAUCUAUCUAUCUAUCUAUCUAUCUAUGUCACUGUGUUCAUAUCUAUCUAUCUAUCUAUCUAUCUAUCUAUCUAUCUAUCUAUCUCUGCCGCUUAUUGACAUAUCAUGUCGAAUGCACCUGA